AUGAGUCUCGGUGGCAAGGAGAACCCUCCUCCCAACCGUCCAGCGACCAAGACACACAAUACGUUCCUUAAAGCUCCAUUGUCAGGAAGUCCGCCUUCGCAAGAGGUACCACAAAAUGCCCAUUCAAUUUGGUACCGAGACCCAGAAUCGUUUCUAAGGGACCCUGUCGUUGCUGCGUUCAUAGCUGGUGGAGUAGCCGGUGCAGUUUCCCGGACAAUUGUUUCCCCUCUAGAAAGGCUCAAGAUUCUCCUUCAAAUCCAGAAUGCCGGCAGAAAUGAAUAUAGAUUAUCCAUAUCCAAGGCGUUGAUAAAGAUGUGGAAAGAGGAAGGCUGGCGAGGUUUCAUGCGCGGAAAUGGGACAAAUUGCAUUCGAAUUAUUCCAUAUUCAGCCGUACAGUUUGGCAGUUAUAGCAUAUAUAAAAAGUUUGCGGAACCGUACCCUGACGGUGACUUAACACCAUUAAGUCGCCUGAUUUGCGGAGGUUUAGCCGGAAUUACCUCUGUCACAUUCACGUAUCCUCUAGACAUUGUCCGGACCCGUUUAUCGAUUCAAUCGGCGUCGUUCUCUGAGCUGAAGCACGGUAGUGGUCAAAAAUUGCCUGGCAUGUUCCACACUAUGCGGCUCAUGUAUCAGACUGAAGGAGGGACAAUAGCGCUUUAUCGUGGAAUUCUUCCCACCGUUGCUGGCGUGGCGCCUUACGUUGGGCUGAACUUCAUGACGUACGAAUCGGUUCGGAGAUAUUUGACUCCAGAGGGAGAACUCAAUCCAAGUCCGUCCCGAAAGCUGUUAGCAGGUGCUAUCUCGGGAGCUGUCGCCCAAACAUGCACCUAUCCUUUCGAUGUACUUCGGAGACGAUUUCAGAUCAACACGAUGUCCGGUCUUGGUUAUAGAUAUACGUCAAUUUGGGAUGCGGUCCGGAUCAUUCUUGCUCAAGAGGGUAUCAGAGGUUUGUAUAAGGGAAUUGUGCCCAAUCUACUGAAAGUGGCUCCCAGCAUGGCCAGCAGCUGGCUCAGCUUUGAAUUGACACGCGACUUUUUUCUCGGUCUUGGUAAGAAAACCGCCUAA